CCAAGGGCGGUGGCCGGGGCUGGGCCAGGCUCAGAGAGCGCCCCCGAGUCUGAUCCUCGCAGCGCUCCGCUCCUCUGCUGCAGCCAUGUCGAAGAUCCCCGUGUCCCCGACGGAAACGGAGCGUUGCAUUGAGUCCCUGCUGGCUGUCUUCCAGCGCUACGCCGGGCGCGAAGGCGACAACUGCACACUCUCCAAGAGAGAGUUCCUCAGUUUCAUGAACGCUGAGCUGGCUUCCUUCACAAAGAACCAGAAGGACCCGGGAGUCCUGGACCGGAUGAUGAAGAAGCUCGACUUGAAUUGUGACGGGCAGCUGGACUUCCAGGAGUUCCUGAACCUCAUUGGGGGCAUCGCGCAGGCUUGCCACGUUGCACUGUGCGUGCAGGCUCCCCCUGGUCACCCCCAGACCAAGAAACUGUGACCCCUCCCAACCCACCCCUACAGCCCAGCAAGCAUUCCCCAUGCACCCUUUGCAAGACCAACGGUCAGCUGCUGACCUGCCCCCAGCAUGUGCGUGUGUGGAUGGAGGAGGCUCCCAUUGCUUUUGUAUCAGUAAAAGAAUGGUAUAAAAAUUC